AUGGCCCAUGAACUGGCACAACAUGAACCCCCUGAGAAUCAGUUUCAGCAAUUGAUCACUCUUUCCAAGAACGACCCGAAACAAUUGCAACUCGCCUAUGAAACCCAUAGGAACAAGAGAACCGCCGUUUUCAAGGAUCAAAUUUGCCAGCCAGGUUUUCAUGAGUGGAAGAAAGAUGAAAUCCUUUCUCAAGUCCUCGAGGUAGAGAAGGGACUGACAGACUUCAUCGACCCGAGACACAAUCUUGCCUUUUGGGCACGUCCGCCACAACAUGUCCGGGACUUGGUGUACAAGAUUCAGCAGAGAAUUGGUCCAUUGAUUGGACCUGGUCUCUGGCUUGUGCCCCCGGAUCAUCUCCACAUGACCACCCUUGAGAUCAGGUCUGCAUUGACAGGACCUGAGAUCGAUGAGAUUGCUGAUGUGCUCGGAAAGAGUGAUGUUCUAGAAGAGCUGGCAAAUUACACCUUUACACACCGCGCCCGUCUCGUUAAGCCAGUCAUCAGCUAUGAUACCUCUGCUAUAGCCCUGAGCUUUGUUCCCGCCGCUGGCGAGGAAGAACGCAGUAGAUGUAGCGGGAAAGAUGACCACUUUACGUAUCACCAUCUGCGGAGUGAUCUCUACAAUAAAGUGACGCAAUCUGGCUGCCCAAUUGCGGCUAGGUAUACUGUGCCAUCUGCGCAUAUUACCAUUGCUCGCUUUAUCACGCCCAGUGGAAAUAAAGAUCAAAAGCUGGAUUCUCCAAACGAAGUUGAGAAGAAAGCUAAGAAACUCAUAAAUGAGAUUGAGGAUCUCAAUCAAGAACUCCGCUCAGAUGUGUGGAGAACUUUGGGGAAUCCAUCUCAAGGGGAAUGGGUCGUUGGGCAUGAAAAAGGGCUGGAAUUGAUCAAGGGCAGAACAUGCGCCCACCCGAUAGGGCCUAAGCGAGUCGAAUCCCACAACCCAACAAUCGCACUUGCUCUCCUCCGACAAGCGACAAUCCAACGACCACCACCCAGCUAUCCGGCCAAGUCAGUCAAAAUGGUCAACAUUCCCAAAACCCGCCGGACGUACUGCAAGUCCAAGGAGUGCCACAAGCACCAACAGCACAAGGUCACCCAGUACAAGGCUGGCAAGGCCUCCCUCUUCGCCCAGGGUAAGCGCCGUUACGACCGGAAGCAGAGUGGUUACGGUGGUCAGACCAAGCCCGUCUUCCACAAGAAGGCUAAGACCACCAAGAAGGUUGUCCUGCGUCUUGAGUGCACUGCCUGCAAGGCCAAGAAGCAGCUCGCCCUGAAGCGUUGCAAGCACUUCGAGCUGGGUGGUGACAAGAAGACCAAGGGUGCUGCCCUCGUUUUCUAGAUUGUUCAUUUCCUUGUUCGGCUUCUGGGUUUCCUGCAUUGCACAAAGUGCUUCGCUGUUAUUGCGGAGCAUAUAUGACCUUGGCAAUGGAAAAAUGAAAUAGGAAUUCAUCUAUUCAAAAACACCAUCUAUGACUACCGGAUUAUGAGUCGUUGAAUGAUUAUCUUUUGCUUCAGAGUAG